AUGCUGGUCACUUUGAUUAUGUGGUGAGUUUUAGGUUGUCCAUAAGUUUCUUGAUGAUGAAAAUUUUUUUGAAGUAUUUGUAGGUUUCUAAGGGUAAAAUUAUUUUUUUGGCGAGUGUCAAAAGUAACCCUGGAUUCAUGAGCUUUAAUUUAAUCCGUUCAUCGGUUGGUCAAGAAAACUCACGUCACAUUCUCCCCCAUUGAGGUGCAAAUCAAAACCAGACAUGACUUAUUUUACCUUUGUUCUGAUUGGCUGUUGUUGUGACACUCAGUUAACCCUUUAACUCCCAAGAUCUGAUUGUUAAUUCUCCUCUCUAGCUGCUACACAUUUCCUUGUAAAUCAGUUAUGAGAAUUUAGCGUUAGAUCAAGAUAACAACUUCUACCUGAUAAGUUGGAGUUUUCUCAAUACCUGUUCGUGAUAUUUUACUAUUCACAUUAUGCUCUGAUGUAACGCCUAUUGGAUGGGUCGAUUUACAAAACAAGCAAUUUCCUAUAAAGAAGAGUGUUCUAUGCAUGUUCCAGGUAUUCGCCAAUUGGUGUUUGCAGUUUGAUUGCCGCACGAGUGGCAAGAAUGGAUGAUAUCUUGGGGUCAAUGUAGAAACUUGGCAUGUUUAUCGUCACAGACACUAUUGGCUUAAUUAUCCACACCCUGGUUGUCCUACCGAUCAUUUAUUUCGCUUUUACGAGGAAGAAUCCAUAAACCUUUAUCAAAGGCCUGAGAGACGCACUAAUGACUGCACUUGGUAUUGCUUCCAGGCAAAUAUUAAACAACCAGAAAUAAAGAUAAUUCGGGAGCUGGUACGUUUAGAUUAAGAGGUAUCUCCCUGUCAUCGACGAAGGUAUACCUUAAUUGAUUUCAUACAAGGCGCUCUCUGAAGCAAAAAAAUUAGUUCUUCAUUUCAAUAAUAAAAGUCUCCGGUAAAAUGAGCCACUUCUGCAGGUCUGGAUAAACAAUACUUGGACAGGCACAUGCCGUGAUCUUAAUUUAUGGGAGGGAUAGGACCGUAGGAAAUUGGAGCUGAGGUGUGUCAAUCUUUCAUGCAAAUUUCCCUAUUUAACUGGCAAAAUAUGGUCCUGAAGUUGAAGGCUGUAAUGUAGGGUAUUGCAAUGUAAAGUAUUGCAGCGGAGGGUAUUGCAGUGCAGGAUAUUGCAAUGAAUGGUAUUGCAGUGUAGGUUUUUGUAGUAUGGCAAGAUUUUCCCGUGGGAAUUUCCAAACUUGCAUCUCACUCAUGUCAGGUUGUUCGAUUUUUAACGUCAUUACUUUCCUUUACCGCAAGAUGGAUUUGCUUUCACUCUACUCCCUCCAUAGCUGCGCUUUUGAAUGAGCUGUACAAAGCUCGUGUUCAGUAAGCUAAUAACAACUUGUUAAACGAUUGAUCUGUGGAGCUUAUAUAGAGAUGAAAUUAUCUUGAUGCAAAUCUUUCUAUUUGGUUAUCGUACUUUAAUGGAAUAUUAUCUUGUGCAGUAGAUUCUUAUUUUCCUCGAUUUUUCUUCAGCGCUGCAACGCUCCCCACCACUAUGCGAUGUGUUGAAGAGAACAACGGAAUAGAUCCGCGCAUAAGUCGAUUUAUGCUACCACUUGGGGCCACGAUCAACAUGGACGGUUCUGCUCUCAACCGACCAGUUUUACUGAUAUUUGUGGCCCAGUUAAACGACAUAGAUUUAAGUCCGGGAAAAAUUGUUGCAAUAUGGUAUGUACUGCAUGUAGAAUACAUACCAAUCUCGUUCCUGCCUUUUAGCGACUUCCUGUUACAUGUGUUUGAGGUGUAUCCUGUCACGUGAUACUUAAAGAAGAAAAAGUUUGUUGGAAAUGUCGCUGAUGGAAUUGACUUUAUUCAGAGAAAUCUACAUACAGCAUCAGUCGAUGUAACGUUAGCAAUGCAUUGUGCAUUCGUUUAAUUUCCUGUAAAUGAUGUGAGGAUUCAAGUUGUUCAGAAAAAUCAUUUCAGAAAAAUCAGUAGAUAUGAUGAAGGGCUAACGCUCGAAACGUCAGCUUUGAAACUCUUUACGGUGACUAAUUCACGUUAUCAACUCAGUUGAUAAGACUAAAUUACCCCGUUGGUCUCUACCGACGCAGCACCAUAUUUUCUUUAGAAACUUACCCCCUUUAUUCCUAACCCUAUAUCAACUGACGAGGUCUCAGACGAGAUUCAGAGUUUUUUAAAUCACAUGGGCAAAAACCAGUAAACAAAUUGAUGUGUAGUAAUACGUUGUAAUACUAGACGAUGCACGAAUUCCUAACAACUAAACCAUUUUCAUUUAUUUUGUUCCUUCACGAUGUAGUGUAAUUUCUGUGUUGCUGGCGGUGGGAGCUGCUGGGAUUCCAGCAACAGCUGUGACCACAAUAAUUGCCUUGUAAGCUGUGAAUCUGCCUCUUCAUGACCUAGGACUUAUUCUUGCGGUUGAGUGGUUGCUGUAAGUGUACAACCUUCAUUUUAUUUUAUUUUUUACUCCGCUGGAAAAUCUAACAUAUGAUAUUUUCAAUUCAAAAUUUAAAUACGAAAAAUUAGAAGCAUCUCAUUCAUGUGUCUUUAUUGUAAUAGAAGUUGCAGGCCCUUGAGGAUUAUAAAGCAAAUCUGUGUUUUCUAAACAGAAUAAUUUUACUUUACGACUGUGACAUGUUAUUAUUCUUUCUUCACUCGACAACUAAGAUUCAAACUUCCGUCUGUUUCACUCCAUUUUCGAACAGUUCGAUGUCGACGAUGCUAAUCUCAGCAGCGUCCAGGACAUCUGUUAAAUACCAAUUGCUGUAUGCUGAGUUCGUCAAAGCGUUCUUUGUAGUUCAGUUGGCAGAGCAUCCUAAUGCAAAAUCGAAAUUGAUUUAGGCUCGAAUUUCCAAUGGAAACUAUGAUUUUUUAUUUGUUCUGCGCUCGUUGAAUGUUUAAAAUCUCUUUUAGGAGCAAUUUUCAAUUUACUGUGGAAGUAAUCAGGGAUUUUUUUUAACUUUGCUUUACUUCGCUGUGUGAUUGGUUAAGAAAACUUGCGACACUUUCUCGACCAAACAGAUUCAACACUACAACCAAUGGCGAAUUGGUAACUCUCUUUUCCCGCGCUUUAGGUAUUUGCUUGUUUUUAUUUUGAGUUCUCAUGAGAUGUUCUCGUUUCUUCUGAUCGGCUGUUGUCAGUACUUUGGUUCUAGUUUCACAACACUCAAUCGCAAAGUGCUCCAAUACAGAGUGUUGAAAAAUGCCCUCUUUUGGGAAAACAUGCGUGCAUAAAGAAAAUUUAAUUAUUGUUAAAGAAAAAUUACUGGCUAUAUUUUCUUCCUCGCUUUCCCAUUUUAGCUCAAAAGCCUUAUUAGAAUGUAUUUUCUUGUCUAUUCUAAGGGACCGUUUCAUCACUGUUGUCAACGUCAUGGGGGAUGCCAUGGGAACGGGCAUUGUACAACAUUUAUCCCGUGACGAGUUGGACGAAAUUGACGAGAAAAAUAACAAUCCAACUGGAACAAUUUUGAACGAGGGGUUUGCUAAAAGUGACGGUCCUGAUUCUCAUGUGGCGACAUCUGGCGUUUGAAUGACACACUUCAUACACUUGAUUUCAGCAGCAAUUUUACCUGGACUACUAGAAGGGUGUCAAUGGGGUUAAAUGUCAGCCGAAAAAAGGACCUGAAAAUUUAACUGUUACACGUAAAAAUUGCGGAAAAAUUUUAACCGUUAUUUUUAAUAGCAAAGAAGGAAGUUAACCGUUAGCCAUAAAAUGGCCAAAACUCGUACAAGUUACCUACAAAAACCAUCACCCUAGUGAAACACUUUAUUACGCGGUAACCUAAUUGGCUUUUCUUCCAUUGUGUUACGCUACCGACGUUCUUAUAUCUUAUGGGGCUUAUAUCCAAUUUGUGCUCUGUUAAUGCUAGGAAAAGUGGAAAUCACGUGCUGCUUUGUCACAUAUCUAUCAUGGCGAGUUUACUUAAUUGUAAUAAGACUUAUCAUGAUGACUAGCAUCUAUGUUCUUCUUACAAUAUCGGCUACGAAUCACACCUUAAGGUCAUAGUAAUAAAGGAAAUUAUCACCAACUAAACAAACUCUUGAUUGUCAAAUCAAUUCUCUUUGUCAGCACCUUGGGAAAUGUAAAGAGAACAGCACGGA